GCCGGAGCGGGGCCGGGCUGGGCCGGGGCGAUGCUGCUGCGCCUGGUGCCCGAGUUCGAGCUGCGGAGGGACGUGGUGCCCUGGCUGGCGGCGCAGGGCUGGGCCGCGGCUCUAGAUACUUCUGAGAAUUCAUCAGCACUAUAUGUUGUAAAUGUUGAAAGAAAUGGAAAAAUUAUUUAUACCUGGAAGGGAAGUCAGAGAAAUACUCAUAUUGGAUUGUACGAUCUUCAAACUAAACAAAAUGAGCACCUCUAUACCUUUGAGAAGGAUCUACACAUAAUCAGCUGUUCGGUCAAUAACGAAAGGACAUUAUUGGCUGUCAGCUUCCAUCAAUACACAGAGGACGAAACAGCAAGUCAGCUAUUACAGUCAGUAUCCAAGUAUUUAACCCUGCUAAUUGAAAUUCAUCCCAUUAAUAAUGUGAGAGUCCUGAAGGCUGUGGAUAGCUGUGUUCGAGUGCAGUUUCUUUAUCCAGUUGAAGACAGAAAUGCUUCUACAGAAAGUCGCCUCUUGCUAGUUUCAGAAGAUAAAUAUAUUGAACAGUUUGACAUUCGUGUUGUUGCGGAAGAAGAACACAAAGUGGUGAUUCAAAAGUCAGGUCAGCUUCCAAGAGCCAAAGUUGCAGAUGAUCUCGUUUGGGCACAGUGGGAUAUGAUGGAACAGAGGCUCUUCUACAUUGUUCCAAAGGAAUCAAAGAGUACUUUAAGGUGUGUCCAGUUUUAUCCUGAUGAAAAUUUUAACUCAAUACUGGAAUCACACCUGGAUAUUUCCGUAAAUGACACACAAUUGAAACUUGUGAAUUUUGGAUAUGAUUACUGUCAAGACCAAGAUGUUGCAUCUAAAUCUUUGAACCUUCAGGUUUUUACAAGUAAAGCAGGAGGCUUGUGUGUGUGUUGUAGUCUAGCCUGUGAUACUCCUGAUGAAAUCAUGUACUCCAUAUAUUUUUUACAUAAAGGUUACAACAAAACUUUUACAGUUUCUCUAGAAAGAACAGAAUCUCAUCAAUUGAAGGAAGUAGCUUUUAUGAAUCUUGACUAUUAUGUGGCUGCUUAUUUGCCUGGACAGUUCCUGCACCUCCUGAAUAUUCAACAUCCUGACCUCCUGUGCCAUAGUUUAUUUCUGACAGGUGAGGAUGCAAGAAUUGACACGUUACAAAAUUGUUCCAUCCAAUCCCCACUCGUGUCAACAGUUUUGGAUUGUGAAGCAGGAAGUCUGUAUGCUGUAAGCAUCAGUGACAGCACCUUGCUGCAGCUCCUACAGAAGAGCAAACAAGACAGUGAGAGAUUGGCAGCUCUACAUUGUGCCCUGCUCUACUUCCAACACACAGAAGAUUUGGAAAUGCAGAUUAUUCGGUGGAUUUCUGAGAACCUGUCGACAUGUCACUCUUUUGACCCCAUUCAAGAAUUUAUCGUCGCCUCCCUGUACUGCAGAAUGUGUCCAGAAACUCAAAACCUGGAUAAACUUUUGCCCUACACAUCAUUGCUUGACUGGAUUGGGGUUGUGCCUGGAGUAAUAUGUGCAACAGACAUUAUUUCCCUACCUGUGUUAGAGUUCCAGAACUCCAAAGGCUUCUGGGAGAAACUGAACUCAAACUUGGAGAGUGUGAAGUAUGCAGAGCCACAGUUGCACUACCACAAUAAUGUGCUCAAGAGGGAAUGGCAUAACCUUUCAGAAGAGAGAGAAGAGAGAAGAACCACAGCAUAUUUGAGGAAUAUUUUUGAAAAUGCCAAAAAGGUGCUUUCUCAUCUGGACACUUGGGACUCUGAGGCGAGGCUCGUACCUCUCUUUGAAGAGGAGGAUUAUCAGCAGCAAUUACUAAUGGGACUGAUGGUUGCUCAGCUAAAGGAUCACCUUAUGAGACAUCUACAGUAUGUAGGAAAAAAGAAGAUUGACCAAAUAGUUUUGGAUUACGUUGCAAACCUGCUGAAUCUGAUACAUCGAAUAAUGAAAGAAGUUUGGAGGAGAUACCAGCUUCAUUCCUGCGUCUUCUGCUUUGACGAAAGAGGAAGUGCAGGAGAGUUUGCGGUGUUCCACAUCAUGAGUCGGAUUCUGGAAGCAGCAAAUGGCAUGUGCAUGCCUUUACCUCCUGGUUUUCACACUCUGCACUUGGGUCUCGGUGUUCGUUGUCUUCCUCUGCACACCCUCCUGCACUAUAUUGAUAUUGGAGUCUUGCAGUUGACAGAAACAUGUGUCAGGAAAUUGCUGAAAGAUCUGGAUGACAAUGAACAGAAUGAAAAGCUGAAAUUAAGUAUUGUCAUGAGGCUUCCUGAGGCUCUUGGUCAAAAGGUCCGCCAGUCUUGGAAUCAUCCCAUAAAUGCGAAUUUAAUUGCACGGAAAUAUGUUAAACUUUUGCUCGAGAACCUGGGGAACAGGCAGUGCAGCAGGUCUAUCCCUGAGAGAUUCUCAAUCCCUGUGGAGUUUUUGCCACUGAACUACCUGACAAGUAUGUUGACAGAGAUAGAGAAUCAAGGUGUGCGUCCAUAUGAAAAACAAGACCAUGUUAAUGCAAGAUUUGUAGAGGAAAUGGCACUCAAGCACACUAUGACGCUUUUGGGCCUCAAAUAUUCGUGAAAUGUUGUGCUGUUGAAGAAAUCUGUCGAACUGUGGUGAUUGUGUAAAAGUAUUCACUUAAAUGCCAUGUUGUUUCCCAAAUCACCUGCAGUUUUGCGUAGCUGCUGGUAUUGACAUGAGCUAUUCAAAACAAUGUUUGGUCCAACAUACUAAGGUUGAAAUUACUGACUUCUAGAUAAAUCCUUGAGAAAUGCAUUUGACACAAACCCAAGUUUGAAAUGUAUCUAUAGUUUCAUUUUGAAGUCAUCAAGUAAGUGGAACGACAGCGGGUAUCAAAACAUGCUGUGAAAAUUCGUAUUAAUGGCACAUAUUUUAACAAUACAAUCCUGGAAAAGGCAGUCCAGUUGUACAGAAACAAGAACCAGUAACUUUUUACUCAGAUUAAUAAAAGGAUUUCUUGGUGUGAUUAUGUAAAACAGGUAAAAAUAACAAAUCAGUUUUGUGUCAGACAUCAGUAAUGAUGUAUUCUUUCCUUUUAGUGGUCAUCAGUUACCUUAUGGUACUUCUGCCUCUGGAGCUGCAUUGUAAUAUUUUCAGUUUUGUAAUUAACACAAAAUAUCAUCUCCUUAAAGUGCAUGUGAUAGAUUUUGUUGUGGGUUUUUUGUCUGUUGGUUUUGAGGUUUUUUUAAAGAUAUAUAUAAAAUAUUGUAAGCAAUACAGGAUAAGAACAAAGCUUUUGAAAUUUAUCUUAGCAGUAUCUUGGACAGAGUUUUACAUAAUUCUUUCUUACAACUUCUAGUGUUACAGUUCAAACCUCAGCUUCAGAAAGAAGCUUAGGGAGGCUGUUUUUCCUUUGUUUUCAACUUUUAUUUGUACAUUACUGAGCCAGUAUUGUUUGUUCUUUUGU